AUGGUCUCCACGCGACACCAUCCCCGCGACUUUCCACCCCCCGCGACUGGGAGAGCUUCGCCGCCAUCGACACCAUCUACGUCUUCUUCGAGUGCCAAUGGCUCCGGAAAAAAAUGGGUGCAUGCCCCGUCUGGUGCCAUUACCCUGUGGUUGAUCUUCUCCAUCCCGCUAGUACUAUGGGACGCCAGCUACGUGCUGCUGCGCCCUCACCUGAAGCUCGAUAGCAAACUACAUUCCCCGAUCUGGACUCCGUAUGCGCUGUACGGCACAAUUGAUUACCUCUACGGCUGGCCGGCAUUCAAUGCGCGCAAUGAGUUUACCAUUGCGCAAACUAUCCUGAAUCUUGUCGAGACUGCUGGAUACAUUUACUACCUGGUGAUUGUGUAUACGUAUGGGGUUACAGCGGGAAACACGGCGCGAGGCCAACGUAAAACCAAGAAAGGGCCAUUCUGGAUGCUGAAAGAGUCCAAGGUUGUUUCUGGUCGUCCCGGCGCGACUGCGCUUCUGGUGGCAUAUACCGCCUCUGUGAUGACUCUUGCGAAGACGGCCCUAUUCUGGCUGAACGAGGCUUUCUCUGGCUUCGCAGACGUUGAUCGCAGCGACCCUUGGAGCUUGUUCUUCCUGUGGAUCAUACCCAAUGCUCUCUGGGUCAUCUUCCCUAGCUAUGGCGUCUAUGCUCUGGGUUCAGAGAUCCAGGCGUCACUAGAGAGUGCCACGCCGCGUCAGCGAGUUGGGCGGCCCAAAUCGUCGUAG